UAAAUAAAUUAAUCAAAAAAUUUAAUAACGAUAUUAUUAUCUCACUUAAACGAAUGGGAGCAAUAAAAUGAAUUAUCAAAAAUUAAAAAAAAUUAAUUAAUUAAUUAAAUGGGUACAUAAAUGGGUCAAUCGCCCCUCCAUGUCUUAAAUGAAUAACAUGAUAGGUACGGAAUGAGAAAAUGCCCGACGGGCGAGAGGUAGAGGAGCCCGUUUAAUUGUUAAUCCUAUUAGGAUUUUGCUAGAUGUAUAUUACAUUGUCCAUAAAGCCAUCCAUAAUGUUGAGGUGGCGAGAAAUUGGACAUCCCACAUUUUGAACUCAAUUUCUCGCAGCCAAAAAAAGACCGGGAAGCCUGAAAAACAAAACCCCCGAUUUCGAACCCAAACCCUACCCAUUAUUUCUCUUUCCCUCCCCAUUCGGCCAUUCCCACUCCCUCUAUCCUCUGUACAGAACCUUCGAACCCGACCUUCAAACCUACCUAAAAACCUUCCUUCAUCCUUCUAUCUGAAGCUCCUCCGGUUGACGGCGACCGAAGGAAAAGCGCAUAGGUAUGGUGAGUGACCAAUGGACGGACCAUCAAACUAGUAUUUCGAAUUUUCUGAUGUGCUCGUCGAGGAAUUGGAAGGCAUCGCUGGUCCGAUUGAAGGAGACCCCAUAUUGGAGGAGAUUCACGUAAUAUGUCCAACUACACGGCUGACAAGGUCCCCUGCGAUGGAGUGGAGGUUAUAUCUGAUUUUAUGAGCGACGAUGGUUUGGAUGGGAAAAUGUUAGUUGUUGAAAAUGAGAUUAUUGUGCCUGAGGUUGGUAUGAAAUUUGCGGAUAAUAUAGAGGUAUUUGAAUUCUACAAAAAAUAUGCUUACCAAGUAGGGUUUCUGUUAGAAAACGAAACACGAAGAGGGGAGAUGACGGGAUGGUACGGUAUGUGAGUUUUACUUGUAGUCGAGAAGGUCAACGAGGUCGUAACAACCAAACAUCUUUGAAUCCUACACAAACCAUUGAGACAGGGUGUAAAGCGAGGUUAACUGCAUGUUCUGAUACCCGUGGAAUAUUUAGAAUAAAUGUUGUACAUUUAGAGCACAACCAUAAAACAAGCCUUGUAUAGAUGCAAUCGACAACUUAGUGAACAUAUUAAAAGACGACUUGAGGUGAAUGACAUAGCAAGAAUCCCUAUGCAUAAAAGCUAUAAUUCAACUGUAGUGGAGGCAAGCUGUUUCGAUAACAUGACAUGCGUUGAAAAGGAUUGCAGAAAUUUCAUUGAUAAAGUGCGGCGUUUAAGACUUGGUCAAGGGGACGCUACUGCAAUACAAGCAUAUUUCUCCAAAAUGCAAGCACGUAGUCCUGGUUUUUUUUUCAGUAUGGACUUGAAUGAAGAGUGUAGGUUGAGAAACGUGUUUUGGGCAAAUAAUAGAAGUAGAGAAGCGUGUAAGGAAUUUGGUGAUGUCGUGACUUUUGACACCACAUAACUGACUAACAAGCACGAUAUGUCGUUCGCUCCUUUUGUAGGCGUAAAUCACCAUGGGCAAUCAACUCUAUUGGGUUGUGGGUUGGUUUCAAAUGAAGAUACAAACACAUUUGUUUGGUUAUUUAGGACAUGGCUUGAAUGCAUGAAUGGCAAGGCUCCCGAUGGCAUCAUUACGGACCAAGAUCAGGCAAUGCAAAAUGCAAUUGAAAUUGUUUUCCCGAACACUAAACACAGAUGGUGCUUGUGGCACAUACUAAAAAAGUUACCCGAAAAGUUUGGAUGCCACAUUGACAAAGGUUCAAUAAUGCAUGUUAUACAUGGAUUGGUCUAUGACACACUUAGUAUUCAAGAAUUUGAGGAAGGGUGGUUGAACAUGCUCAAUCAAUUUGGAUUGCAAGAUCAUGAUUAGCUAUGUGGACUCUAUAAUGAGAGAAGUUGUUGGGUACCAUGUUAUUUGAAAAUUAAAUUUUGGGCUGGUAUGUCAACCACCCUACGGAGCGAGGGUAUUAAUGCAUUCUUUGAUAGUUACGUGCAUUCAAAAAUAUCAUUAAAACUUUUUGUAGAGCAGUACAAACGGGCGUUGAGAACUAAAGUAGAGAAGGAAUUUCAAGCUGAUUUUAGAUCAUUCUCACAAAUGGUUCCAUGUGUCACUACGUAUGAUAUGGAAAAACAGUUUCAAAAAGUGUAUACUAUCACAAAAUUUAGGGAAUUCCAAUAGGAGUUCACAGGCAACGUGUACUGUGACAUUUUGUCUGCUGAAGACUUUUAUGGAUUAACGAAGUAUCAGGUGUGAGAGGAUAUCAAGAGCAGUGGAGGGAUGAAGAAAAAAAAAUGUUUACAGUUUGUUUUCGUAGAGAUAGUUGUGAGGUUGAGUGCAACUGUCAUUUGUUUGAGUUUCGAGGUAUCGUUUGCAAGCACGCCAUCUCAGCACUAGUACAAAAUGAUGUGUCAUUGCUGCCUAAAAAGUAUGUUCUGAGGCAGUGGAGGAGAGAUGUUAGUAGACAGUACAUGCGGGUCCCAACCACGUAUGAUGGUUUGGUUUGUACUGUUGAACAAGUGAGGUAUGAGCAGUUGUGUUCUGCAUUUACGAAGAUGGCUGACUUGGUAGCGAGAAAUGAAGAACGAUCAAAGAAUCUCUUGCGGUGGAUUGAAUUCCGAGCAACCGAAUUGGCUUUAUCAAAAUGUAAUAGCAUUGAAAUGCAUGGAUUUGAAGAUACGAAUGAUGCAAACAUAUACAUUCUUGAUCCAAAGUUCACCAAACGAAAGGAUGCACCAAAAAAGCUGCGCAAAAAAAGUCCGUUGGAGACACAUUCAAAGAAAUCAAAGGGUCGCAAAAAGGCUCCUGUCAACUCCGAUGUCGCAAACACUAGUAUGUUUGAGGAUGCACAAGUUCAUAACGUUUCAUCUUCGCAUGUGUCACAUCAUUUUGGGAUGCAAGGGAGCACGCAAAACUGAUUUUUGGGACGCAGGAGAGCAUGCAAAGCUAGGGAUAUGAAGGCUGCCGAAUCUGAAUUUUUGUUUAUGGGAUGUAAUUUUUUUUUGCUUUUGUUAAUAUGAAGGGUUGCCAAAUCGAUUUGGCUUAUUUAGUUAAUAUAAGGCUGCCGAAUCUAAUUUUUUGUUUAUGGGAUGUAAUCUUUUUUGCUUUUGUUAAUAUGAAGGGUUGCCGAAUAGAUUUGGCUUAUUUUGUUAAUAUAAGGCCGUCGAUUCUGAUUUUUUGUUUA